AUGCUGCAAAUUCAACGAGAUCGGCCGCCGCCGCCUGUUGCACGUUCAACAUUAUUGGCUUGUCAAGCUGCCCGAGCCCAGAGCUCCGGAUAUCUGCGAGUCGUUACUGCAGGCGUAAAUCUGCGCCGUGCAUCCGAUGCAUCCAGCCCAGGCCCGCGGCCUCUGUCCUUAACUUCUAGUACAUCAGAGACGGUCAGCUGGGACAAUGGGCCAAGCCCCUUCAAGGUUGAAAAGCGCAACCAACAAAUCGUGCAGGAAGAGUACCAGUGCUACCUUGACGAGCCCUUCGUUGGCCAAGAGACGAUGGGUAGCUUGGACCUGGUAGAGUACUGGAUUAAUCAUCAGUAUACAUACCCAAUACUGUACCAGAUGGCGAUGAACGUCCUCCCUGCGCAAGCCUCGUCUGUAUUAUCUGAACAAGUAUUCUUGUCGAGCAAGUUGACUGUAACUGCUCAGAGAACUCGCCUCUCUGCUUCGAACGUCGAAUAUCUGCAAGUUUUGAAGCACACGUUGCGUCGGCGCCGCAGAGACCAUCUGGACGGUGUUACAGAGACUGGGAUUGAGAUCGAGCCCGAUGGUCUCGAUUUUGUCUCUCAUCUGUUUGAGAGCGUGACUUGCGAGGAUGAAGAGUAG